AUGGGUGAGUUGCCCAUUCCCGCUGGUACCUUAUGGGGCGCUCAGACCCAACGAUCUCUUGAAAACUUUCCCAUUGGGGGGAUCGAAUCGCGCAUGCCUUUGGCAGUGGUGCACGGCAUGGCGAUUGUCAAGAAAUCCUGCGCUCUGUACCACUCCGACCUUGGUGUCAUGGAAGAUCAUAUAGCCCGUGCGAUUGCGCAGGCGGCGGACGAAGUGCUGGCCGGGAAAUUGGAUCGACACUUUCCUCUGGUCACCUUUCAGACUGGAAGUGGCACUCAAACCAACAUGAACGUGAAUGAAGUGUUGUCGAAUCGCGCCAUUCAAAUACUUGGUGGAACUGUGGGUAGUAAAGACCCCGUCCACCCGAACGACCACGUCAAUCGCGGUCAAUCUUCCAACGAUUCCUUCCCGACCGCCAUGCACAUUUGCGCUGCCAAGACCUUGCACGAGCGAACUCUACCAGGAUUGCGGAUUCUACAAACGGCCCUCGUUCAAAAGGUGGAAGAAUUUGGUGCCGUGGUCAAGAUUGGACGCACGCACUGCCAGGACGCGACACCUUUGACUCUCGGACAAGAAUUCGGUGGCUACUUGCAGCAAGUCGAGUACGGAAUUUCUCGGGUAGAGGCGUCUUUGCCGAGUUUGUACCGUUUAGCCUUGGGCGGCACCGCGGUCGGUACCGGUCUCAAUACGGUGGAAGGCUUCGCGGAAGAAAUUGCGGCCAAGAUUGCGGACGAGACCGGUCUCCCGUUCACGUCGGCAGCGAACAAGUUCGAGGCCCUCGCGGCGCACGAUAGUAUCGUGGAAGUUUCCGGUAUGCUGAAUACAAUGGCAUGUAGUUUGAACAAAAUUGCAAACGACGUGCGGCUGUUAGGUAGCGGUCCACGAUGUGGACUGGGCGAAAUUUCGCUGCCGGCCAACGAGCCUGGCUCGAGUAUUAUGCCGGGCAAGGUAAACCCCACGCAGUGCGAAUCUUUGACUAUGGUAUGCGCUCAAGUCAUGGGAAACCACGUGGCCAUUUCGGUCGGCGGAGCACAGGGACAUUUUGAACUCAACGUCUUCAAGCCCGUUAUGAUUGCGAACUUGUUGCAUUCAGCCGUCUUGAUUGGUGACGCCGCCGCUUCGUUCGCAACACGGUGCGUGGAGGGCAUCGUGGUCAAUCAAGACCGGGUAACUCAGCUGCUGCACGGUAGUCUUAUGCUGGUGACAGCGUUGAACCUGCAUAUUGGAUACGACAAGGCGAGUGAGAUUGCCAAGAAUGCACACAAGAACGGCACCACAUUGAAGGAAUCGGCUAUUUCGAGCGGCUACUUGACGGCCGCUCAGUUUGAUGAAUGGAUUGUUCCCGAAAGCAUGAUUGGUCCGAGCCCGGCGAAUGUAACUACAGAAUAG